AUAUUCAUUUCAAGCUCAAUACUUUCCUUUUUUUUUUCUUUUUCUUUUAUGGCGUUUUCCGCUGUAUUUUCGGGAACUGUUAUGCAUUUCAAACCAUUAUCAGCAUCUCGGCGCGAAACCGAUUCAAGUGGACAACGUGUCCCUACAAAAAUCACGAAGUCCCGAAAGCAAAAAUCGCGGAAUUUCAGGCCGCCGCCAAAUCCGCCCCAAUCCGCCGGGGAAGGCGGAGAAGCUACGACAUUCACCCGCCUACCUCCCAAAGACGACUUUGGUUUCGAUGAUUUAGCUUCACACUCGGUAAGUCAAGUAGUCAAGCUUGCUGAUAUAAAAUUCCCAGCUAUUAAAACCAAGAAAAUUGAUCCAAAUCAUGGAGAAAAAAGAGGUUUUGCUCCAAAAAUUGGCGUCACUGAGGAAGAAUUGAGUCUUGAUCAUGAGGUGGACGAUGAAUUUGAUGAUGAGGAUGAAGGAAUUGUUAAGAAAGUGGGAUAUGACUACGGAAGAUACGAACUUUAUGAGGUGGGGUCAGAUAAUGAUGACGACGAUGAUGAUGAUGGUGAUGGUGAUGAUUUUUAUGGGGAUGAAGGGUUUAUGGUGUCAGGUGAUGAGGAUGAAGAGGAAGAGGGGGUUAAAGAGAAAGAGAAAGGGGUGCCAGCAGUGAUGAGAUGUUUCGACAGGGCAAAGAUAUUUGUGAAAGCGGGAGAUGGUGGGAAUGGGGUGGUGGCUUUUAGGAGGGAAAAGUUUGUGCCGUUAGGGGGGCCGUCUGGUGGGGAUGGUGGGAGGGGAGGGAAUGUGUACAUGGAGGUGGAUGGAACUAUGAAUUCACUGUUGCCGUUUAGGAAGAGUGUGCAUUUCCGGGCAGGGAGGGGCAGCCACGGGCAGGGGCAGCAGAAGAGUGGUGCAAAGGGCGAGGAUUUGGUGGUUAAGGUGCCCCCGGGGACUGUUGUGAGAGAGAGUGGUGGGGAUGUGCUCUUCGAGCUGCUGCAUCCAGGGCAGAGGGCGUUGCUUAUGCCCGGAGGGAGAGGUGGGAGGGGCAAUGCCUCAUUUAAGACGGGGAUGAAUAAGGCGCCCAAGAUUGCAGAGAAUGGGGAAGAAGGGCCUGAAAUGUGGCUCGACUUGGAGCUGAAAUUGGUUGCAGAUGUUGGGAUUGUCGGAGCUCCAAAUGCUGGGAAAAGCACAUUUCUCAGUGUCAUCAGUGCUGCCCAACCAGCCAUUGCAAAUUACCCCUUCACAACUUUGCUUCCCAAUCUUGGUGUUGUUUCAUUUGACUAUGAUGCUACAAUGGUAGUUGCAGAUUUGCCAGGACUACUAGAAGGGGCUCAUCGAGGUUUUGGGUUAGGGCAUGAAUUCCUUCGGCACACUGAGAGAUGUUCGGUUCUGGUACAUAUAGUGGACGGCUCAUCAGAGCAGCCUGAAUACGAGUUUGAUGCAGUCCGCCUUGAGCUGGAGAUGUUCAGCCCUGAGCUGGCUGAAAAGCCUUACUUAGUAGUGUAUAACAAAAUGGACCUACCGGAAACAUCUGAAAACUGGCCAUCAUUCAGAGAUGCUCUACGAGCACGUGGAUUCGAUCCCUUUUGCAUGAGCGCUGUUACUAGAAACGGGACCAAGGAAGUUACGAAUGCUGCUUAUGAGCUUGUACAGAAGAAUGCAGCAGAUACAGAUGGUUACGAGGGUCCGAUUGAUUUGAAUUACGUGGCUGACAAGAUGCAGAAGCAGCGGGCAGCUCCUCUAGACGAGUUUGAGAUUAUGCACGAUAGCAGCACCAGUUCGUGGCACGUGGAAGGAGCGGGCUUGCAGCGUUUUGUCCAAAUGACCAACUGGAGGUAUAACGACUCUGAUCGGAGGUUCCAACAUGUUAUGGAGGCAUGCGGCGUCAAUAAAUCCCUGAAGAAACGAGGCGUGAAGGAGGGCGAUACAGUCGUCGUUGGAGGGAUGGAGCUUGUGUGGUACGAUAGUGCAGACUCAGGCCACACGAGUAGGCGGAGGACAGCAGAAUCGGAUGAAUGAAUUCGACUCAGAUCAUCAUCUGUCAAGGUUAAAUUAUCACCAUCUGAUAAGAAUAUUUAGAGAGCACGAACGCAGAUCUUAACCUACUUAAGCAUUGGUGUGUCCACUGCUCGGCAUGGAUUCGAUGAUCAACCCCGAAUCCUCUACUAUCUUUCCCCUGGUCGUUUCAUUGCAUUCCUAUACAGUCAUCUUGUUGGAUGGAAGUGUGCAUCUUCUCUGCAAAUUUGUGCACUUCCACGUGCUCUCUCACGGAGGUGCUCACGAAAGCUUCCCAACCCCGGCUUCACUGUUACUAUGUAUAGAUUAUAGUACUGAGUUUAUAAAUCUUUAUAUUCUUUUUUUCUUUCUUUCUUUAAAUUAUCGUCCAAAUUUUGAGAUGAUUUGUAGGGAAUUAUUUGAGAAAGGUAAGCCAAUCUUUUUCAUGA